GAAUGAGAUCAUCGCUGUAAAGAGGCCUAUUAACUCUACAGCUUUACACCCUUUCUAUUGUGAAAUGAAUGACUAAUUGGUUAAUGUACUAGAUUGUAAUGAGGUGCCCUCGCGUCUGCCGAAAGCUCACAGCGCUUGUGUCUUCUUACUUGAUGGGAAUUAUGUGAUGUGCUCUGAUGUGAAAACAUGGUAAAGGCCAGUCUGUCCAUCUGGGGAUGGGGGGGUCUGGGAGUCGUCCUCUUCCUCAUCACAUUUGGACCUUUUGCCAUCUUUUAUCUGGCCUUCUACAUCCUCUGUUUCAUUGGCGGGGGUUUUGUAGUGCUGCUUUUAUUUGGAAAGAUAAACUCAGAGAAACACCUGGAAAGGUGUGAACACUCCUACCUGCCAUCGACACAGACGGCCAUACUGAAGGUUUUGGAGGAGAUCAAAUCAGAGUCCAGACCUAUAAAGAUUGAUCGACGUCUGACAGGAUCCAGUAUCAUAGAUGAACCACUGCAGCAGGUACCGUCAACAAAACCAAACGGACAAAUGAACGCGACCGCUAAAAGUGCACGUUCAUGUGCUUGAGGAACCUGUGGUUUGUCUACUGAUGAGCUGGUCUCAGACUGUCGAGCUUUCGCUUCACAAAUGCUAUUUGUUUCCACCUGUGUCACACAUCAGAUGCUGGAUCAGCUCGUUUGAGAGUUUAGGCUGGUCUGUUUUUUUUUCAUAAAGCAGAUGAGCACGACACAGUCGUUUUCAGUCAGUGCUUUUCUGAAUUGGCUUUAAGUCUGCUUACAAUGCAUAUAUUCUGCUAGGGUCACUUUUUUAAUGCUACACUUUUAGCUUUUAUUUUUUUAUUUUAAUUCUUUGGAAAUUUUGGAACAAAGUGCUGUUUUUCUAUAGUAUUGUGAGUGCACUGUAUGUAUGCAGAAAAAGUUGGACAUACUAAUAUAUCCUUCUUUAAUAUAAAGAGCUGGGCGAUGAUAUGGUUACAUUUUCCAACGAUAUUAACAAUCACGCAGCUAAGAGUUGAGACUCCAUGAGAGUGUUGCCUAAAAAUGUUGUCUAGGU